CAGUGGCCGCUUGUCCGUGAUGUGUGUUGAUAGCUGUCUCCCUUAAUUUGGUCAUGUCCGAUCUCUCUGCGUGCUGAUGAAGGCAAUGCUGUGACCUGCGGUGACAAGUCGUGAGGACGAGUGCCGGGGCCUUCGGUUUUGAUAACCCAUGAUGCUGGUGUCCUGAAAAGCGAGUGUCAAAUGACCAUGGUGACGGAUAGGUUAGGCCUUGGGCUCUGCUGAGUGGCCGAAACACUCGUGUGCUUUAGUCGCCCGAAGUCGGAACUCGCCGUGCAUCUUGCCUGAAAAUGCUUCUCUGAGACUGCGGACGUGGGCGGGCCCAUGUCUGCGGAGGAACGUCAAGCCGAGGGGAAUGAUGCCAUGGUGGACAUCAACACCUCCUCAGUCGACGACCUGGCAAGGGUCGUCGGCCUGGGGAGGACAGCUGCCGAGGCCAUUGUGGCAGCUCGAAGGUUGCAGGGAGGUUUCAACCGAGUGGAGGACUUGUUGGCGGUGCCUGGAGUGGAUGCGGCCUUGCUGCAGGAGCUCCAGCUGAGCCUGACAUGCACUCCAAAGGAGAAUCUGCCCGAGGACGCUCGGGCUACCAGGUGGGGCAGCGGGAGCAGCAGCAGCUGUGGUAGCCGAGAGGAGCUGGCAGCUCCUUUGGAGGCAGAGGCAACAUCUUUGGCAACUUCGGUGAACAGAUUACUCCAUUCAGAGGGGCUUCCCACAAGCGAUGAUGACGAAGGUAGCUGCUCCUCCACUGAAGACAUGGCUGAGGGCGAGGAUGAGCAGGCAGCAACUGCUACAGCAGGCGGCCAGCUGAAGCGCAAGAGGGAGGAAGUGAAACGACCAGGAGGCAAGAAGCCAUGCGGGUGGGAGACGAGCUACAUGACCGCAAGUGAGGGACCUGCUGCUGCUGGCACUGCUGCUUCUGCUGUGGCACCAGCAGAAAACCGAGACAUUGUGCCCACACCGGCUCGGCGCACCAGACACCCAUCUACGCUAGUUCAACCACCAAAGCUUGAUGCCUGGCUCGACACUUUCCAGUCAUGGAGUCACUCCGAGCGGCUUGUAGCCCUCGACCAGCUGAUUGAAGGUUGCGAACCAGGCCAAGUGCGUCACAUGAUGAACGUCAUUGAGCCACAAUUCCAAAGGGAUUUUAUCUCCCUUCUGCCCAAAGAGCUGGCACUGUAUGUGCUGUCGUUCCUGGAGCCUCGAGACCUGCUGCGUGCGGCACAGACGUGCCACUAUUGGCGCAUCCUGGCAGAAGACAACCUGCUGUGGCGUGAGAAAUGCCGCGAGGCUGGGCUUGAGGACGUGCAGGAGGUGCUCGGCCGACGGCUGUCAUCCUGCUCUUCAUCACCACCCUCUCCCAACUCUGCGGCUCCUAUCCCAUGGAAGCUGGCAUUCAUGCGGCACCACUACGUUGAGAUGAACUGGCGCUGCAAACCUAUACGAGAGCCCAAGGUGCUGCGGGGUCACGAAGACCACGUCAUCACGUGCCUGCAGUUCUCGGGCAACCGCAUUGUGAGCGGCUCGGACGACAACACCCUCAAGGUUUGGUCAGCGACAUCGGGGCGUUGCCUGCGCACGCUCAUUGGUCACACGGGCGGUGUGUGGUCCUCACAAAUGGCUGGCUCCCUGGUAGUGAGUGGCUCCACUGACCGCACUCUGCGUGUCUGGAAUGCCGACACGGGCAUGUGCCUGCACACUCUGUAUGGGCACACGUCGACAGUGCGGUGCAUGCACCUGUAUGGAAACAAGGUGGUGAGUGGAUCUCGCGACGCGACAUUGCGAGUUUGGGACCUCGAAACUGGAGAGUGCCUGCACGUGCUCGUGGGUCAUGUUGCAGCUGUGCGGUGUGUUCAGUACAAUGGGCGCCUGGUAGUUAGUGGAGCAUACGACUACAUGGUCAAAGUAUGGGACCCCCGGAGAGAGGAAUGCCUCCACACAUUGCAGGGUCACACAAACCGGGUGUACUCGCUGCAAUUUGACGGGGUACACGUGGUCAGUGGUUCCCUGGAUACAUCAAUCCGAGUGUGGGAUGUGGAAACCGGUGCCUGCCGCCACCAGCUCAUGGGUCACCAGUCACUUACAUCAGGCAUGGAGCUACGAAACAACAUUCUUGUCUCUGGCAACGCUGACUCAACGGUUAAAGUCUGGGACAUCCUCACUGGCCAGUGCCUGCAAACUCUGGCUGGAGCCCACAAGCACCAGAGUGCAGUGACAUGCCUCCAGUUUAAUUCCAAGUUUGUGGUCACCUCGUCGGACGAUGGCACUGUGAAACUGUGGGACUUGCGCACGGGUGAAUUCCUGCGCAACCUCGUGGCCCUGGAGUCCGGUGGAUCGGGGGGCGUCGUGUGGCGCCUUCGUGCUUCCUCGACCAAGCUAGUGUGCGCAGUGGGCUCGCGGAAUGGCACAGAGGAGACAAAGCUGCUGGUACUGGACUUUGAUGAGCCUAAGUGACAAGCCGUUCACUGCAGCGUAUGCCUCCCAGCAUCCCUGACAAGUGCCAAAGGAAACAGGCUGCGUGCACUUCGCAUGUGUGCCAGUCAAGGGCUCCUUGCCAUAGGAGCUUGCCAAGCCCCACUCCCUCACUGCCCCAGCUUCUUAAGUGUGGGAAGAUUGUGUCAUGGCAGCAAGACUUUUUAUUGUGGUGCCUCUGCUGCAGUGCUCCGUCAACUCUCAUUUGACUUUUCUUCUAUUUUUCUGGGAAACAGUCUCCGGAAGAACUGUUGUGGUGCAGUGCUGCGACCAAGAAGUGUGAUGUGCCUGCCUAUUGCGCGCUCUUGCCAGUACAGAACUUGUUUCACUCAGUGACAUUGUACCAUUACUUUUUUUUCCCCCUGUGCAAGAGAUUGUGGACCCGAACAGUGUUCAUGUCUAAUUGUAGGUCCCGGCCGGCAGCAAGCCUUUUGUGCCAUUACUGCUCAAGCUUUGUGUCAAGGCCACUGCAAUUAGUUGGCGGCAAGAGUUGUCAUACAGCCUAGGUGCAGGGGUGCGGCCCUUCCUUAUACAGUAAAGAAUCAUGCCCUGAAGUUGCAUUUUAUUUUCCCUCCCCUUGGACAUGGGGGAACACCUCCUAUAUUUAUUUGAUUUGGGCAAAGUGCCGUCCCUUUUGACAACUGUGGUGCAAGUGCCUCAGCACCCAAGAACAAUUGGUGGGGCUUUAGUAGGAGUAGCAUCUCUUUAUUUUUCCGAGUCCUUAGAGAUGAUAAAGACGCAUGCUUUGUCUCUCCCUCUCCAUACCCCCAUCCAAUUUUUUUUUCCCUCAAGAGCUCCUGGAAAAGAUUUCUUGAAAGUACAUGCCUUUUGUUUCCUUUCUUGGCAAACCGUACAGUCGCUCCAGUGUGUUUUCUUAAGACUUGUGUAUGGACUUGUAGGAUGUUGGGUUGGUGGUAUUUUGCCAGUGGACUUAGUUUGGGGGGGUUCAGCUCAUCGUACUGGAUGCACUAACUUAAAUAAGAGGAAUCGGCGCGGGGCGCCAUUACUUUUGACUGCCAUGCUUUUUGCUGUACAUUUUGUUUGUUCCGCGAACUAAUUAUUCCUUCUCUUUGCGUUGUACAUUGCUGUAUAUUCUCUGCUGUCUGCAGGUUUGUUUUAUAGUUGUUGACUAAAGGCAAAGUAAAGCUAAUUGUUUCACCUGUA